UCUCCUUUAAGGGCGGGUAGUUGAAAACGUCGGUCGGGUGCGGGUUGUUUAUACAUUGACCCGCGCAUCACUGAUGAAGACGAUUCAUCCGCUGUUCUUCAUCAAUAAUGCUUGCAUGUGCAAUAACUUUAGCUGAUGCGUUCUUAUCAAAGUAGCAAACUGUUGCUUAAGACACUUUUCACACAUUUGUGUUGAACAUGACAUUUUUUAAUCUAGAGGAAGUCGAGGCGCACUUGAUAAACAUCAGAAAGUGAAUUAUCAGAAAGAAAGUGUAAGAUGGUCACAUGCAUAAACACUUAAAGAUUUGCAAUUUCAUGAGAUGUUGGUGGAGUUUAAUUUCAUGUUACUACAGAGCAGCUUCACAUCAGCUCAUCUGUCAUUUUAUUCCUGAAGCCGUUUUGAAAAGUUUGUCUUUUCAUAUUUGUGGACUGAAAGUGUUGAAGAUGUUUCGGAUUGUUUUCAUCUGUCUGUGUUUCUGCCGUCUGGAUGGUGUGUUUGGUGAAGAUAAGGUUAUGAUGGAGGGAGAUUCACUCACUCUAAACUCUGAUCUCACUGAAAUAAAGGAUGAUGAUGUGAUUCAGUGGAGGUUUGGAGAAGAUAAUGAGACUGAAACUUUAAUCGCUGAAAUCAAUAAACGGGCCGACAGAAUCGCUGUAUAUGAUGAUGUUCUUGAUGGGAGAUUCAGAGACAGACUGAAGCUGAACAAACACACUGGAUCUCUGACCGUCAUAAACAUCACUGCAGAGAUUGGACGUUAUUCUCUACAGAUCAACGGUGUGAAGAAGAGAACGAUCUAUAUUGAUUCCUAUGCAUCAGUGACUCUGAGGUCAGCGAUGAAGGGAGAUUCACUCACUCUAAACUUUGAUCUCACUGAAACAGGGGAUAAUAAUGUGAUCGAGUGGAAGUUUGGAGAUGAUCAUAAGACUGAAAUUUUAAUCGCUGAAAUCAAUAAACGGGCCGACAGAAUCGCUGUAUAUGAUGAUGUUCUUGAUGGGAGAUUCAGAAAAAGACUGAAGCUGAACAAACACACUGAAUCCCUGACCAUCAGAAACAUCACAACUAAACAUGCUGGAGAAUAUAGACGAUAUGCUGGACAAAAUACAACUAAGUGUAGUUCGGCCAGUAAAGUCCUUCUCUCUGUCUUUGUUGAAAUAUCAGUGAUGGAGGGAGAAUCACUCACUAUAAACUCUGAUAUCACUGAAAUAAAGGGUUAUGAAUGGAUUCGGUGGAUGUUUGGAGAUGAAAACAUUUUAAUCGCUGAAAUUGAUGCUGGCAGAAUCACUGUAUAUGAUGAUUAUCUCGGGAGAUUCAGAGACAGACUGAAGCUGAACAAACACACUGGAUCUCUGACCAUCACAAACAUCACAACUGAACAAGCUGGAGAUUAUAAACUACAGAUCAUUAGGAAUGAGUAUUGGAAUUUGCAAAGUUUCUCAGCAAAAGCUUUCAGAGUUUCCGCCUCUGCUCGUCUGCCUGUUCCUGCCAUCAAUAGAGACUGAUAAUUAUAAUAAUACGUUUAUUUUAUAUAGCGCCUUUCAGAGUUCUCAAGGUCGCUUUACAGUUAAGUACGAAUAAAUAAGACAUAGAAACAUGUUACAAUAAAAAAUAAAUUGAGACAGAAACAUGACAAACAAACAAAAUUAAAUAGUGGUACAUAAACAUAGAAAUCAAGGUAAACAAGUAGUGAAAAGAUCACUUUUAAGGUGAGUUUUAAAAUCGUGUAAUGAUGAGAAGUCGCGGAUGUGUUGGGGAAUAGAAUUACAGAGAGUUGGGGCAGUUAAAAGUUAAAGUGAAAUUGUUAAAAGACCGGUCUCAAAUGAUCUAAGUGUGCGAACUAGGGAGUAUGAGAUCAGUAAUAUAGGGGGGUGAGUGCUUAGAAUAGGAAAUAUAAAGCGAAAACGUACCGGUAGCCAAAUAAGUUUGCGUAAAAUCAAAGUAAUGUGGGAAGAUUUCUUUGUAAGGACCCUAGCUGCAGAGUUCUGAAUAUAUUGGAGUUUAUUUAUAGAGUCGGGCAAGCCAUAGAAAAGAGAAUUGCAGUAAUCAAGACGUGGUGUGAUGAAAGCAUGAACCAAGGUUUCGGCAUCGCUGAUCUUCAGAAAUGGACGCAAGUGUGUGAUAUUACAAAGGUGAGAGAAGGCAGACAGAAAUAUAUUUUCUCACUUACUCAUUAAUUCAAUUCAAAUUUAUUGGUAUAGCGCUUUCCACAAUACAUAUCGUUUCAAAGUAGGGGUGUGCGACAUUGACAAAACAAUUAUAUAUCGAUAUUUUGGGGGAUUUUGCCGAGAACGAUAAUCAGACAAAAAUUUGAAUUAUUCAAAAAUGUGUUUGUAAAUGUCUUUUAUUUUACUAACUCCGUUUUACAAUGUCAAUUUGAUAUUGAUAAAUUAAUAAUUUUAGAGCAUUAUUUAAAACUGAGGCAUUCAUGUAGAAAUAACACAAAUCCCUGCUCUGCUGUAAGGCUGAACUGUGCAGAAUGCAACAGUUGCAAACUCUAAAUGCAAACUUCUGUCAAUAACAGCACUAAAAAAAACAUUGUAAACAAAUUAUUCCCCUCUGUAAAAUGUUCUAUAGUCAAAAAUACAAAAAAACUAGUCCAUAGUAUUAAAUUACUGACUUCAAGUUCUGUCCAAUAUUACACUGUAAAAUUAGAAACCCUUCAGAUUUGUCCAAUAUUGCACUCUCUAAAAAAGCUGUAUAAACAGAUGAUUACUGUAGACAAAGUCUACGAUUUAAAGACUAACAGGUAAAAAAUGUAACGUCUUUAAAAGCCAAAAUCUCUCUCUCAACCGCUUGAAUUGGCACCAUGUCUCUGGAAAUGUAAUUGGUCACAGCGUUUCAUCUGUCACUUUUUCUGUCCUAAGGAACUUUCUAGGUAAAUCGGCCAAAGUUUGUUGCGUGUGUUUUUGUUUUUAUUUUUAUCUUACCCCGUUGUGUUCGGCUGACUCGCGAAGCUUUUCAUAAUCCUCAUAUUAUGUGCGGUGGGUAGUUCGAAGAUGAAGAGAUUGAUGGUCGUCAAGCUGCUCGACACAUCAUCAGCGUCUUUUGACUAACAUCUCCGACCUUUCAAAACCAAACCACCUCCAUGCUAGUGAUGACGACCCACGUAUUUAAAUCUAGCGUGGAUUGUGAGUUGGCUGGUGUUUGAAUAUCUUCUUCUCUCACCGUUUCUUUGCUCAUUUUAAUUUCUGUCAGACACCGACGCUCUGGGGUGCGUUUCCCGUACAACGACGUAGUUCAUUGUUUCACUACCAUAGUACGAUGCAUCGUUGUUAAAAUCAA